CCAAAGCCUUUAAAAACAUUACUCCUGAGUCUCGCUGUUUCGGAUCUUGGUGUUGGUUUGGUUGUCCAUCCUCUCUAUAUUGUGUGUCUCGUAAUGAACAUGGAACAGAACACUAACAAUAAAAUUUAUAUUAUGGUAUCCAAAGCAUACUUUAUUUCUGGUUAUUUACUGUGUGCUGCUUCAUUCUUUGGUAUUAUUGCUCUAACUGUCGACAGAUUCUUAGCUAUUCAUCUUCAUCUCAGAUACCAGGAACUUGUGACUCAUGGGCGUGUUGUUACUGUAGUAAUUUCAGUUUGAGUGUGAUGUUCAUGUAUUUCCUUAUUUGUGUUGAACAGGGUUUUAGAAAACGUUCUGGCCAUUAUAAAUGCAACUAUUGGGGCAGUUUGUCUCACUACAACGGGAUUAAUUUACUGCAAGAUAUAUUUGAUCGUACGUCACCACACAAAUCAGAUUCACGCCUUGCAAUUGCAACUCGUAGGACAGAAUCAGAAUGGAGAAUUGGCAAAUGCUGCAAGACUAAAAAAAACUGCACUUGCUACAUUUUACGUGUAUGUGGUGUUUGUGGUUUGCUUUUUACCCUUCAUAUGCGUUAACGCAGCUUAUCAAAUUUAUGGUGAGUCCGAGUUGUUGUUGCAUCUUUUGUAUUAUUCGCAGACACUUACGUAUCUUAAUUCAUCUCUCAAUCCUUUGGUCUACUGCUGGAAGAUGCGGAACAUUCGACAAGCUGUGAUCAGUGUACUUCGCAAUAUCUUUCAAGGUUAGUAAAGCUCCAUUCGAACCGCUUCGCCGAUGAGACUCUUACCCUUUGUGCCCCACAAAAAAAUGGAAAUUUCAUAUUACUAGCAUGAAUUUUAACUAACAGAUGAAUAAUGAAUAAUGAUUUAGAGGUAGCACAUUCACGUAGUGAUUCUUCGUCUGCCAUUCCUAGUAGAGUUGGAAUUUAGAAAUGAGUACUCCGUGAAAAACCUCUCGGGGCAAAGGAAAGAACAAAUGUCAAACUCAAACCACAUUUGGCGUCGACGGCGAGAUUUAAACCUGGGCCUCACUGGUGGAAGGCGAGUGCUCUCACUACUGCUUCACCCUUGCUCCCCAAUCGUAUUAGCCUCUGAAUGAUCGAUUAGUGCGGUUCACAAACACCCGUCAGAACAUUUCCAGGGCACCUGUUCGAUCCUGGUCUUAGCAAUCAUGACGUCCACGCACCAACAAAAACUGGUAUAGUUAGAAGAUUUUCAGUUCUCUGGUUGAUAUCAACCAUCACAGAUCAAAUCAUAAAGCGACCUGAAGAAAGCUAAAAACAAUAAAAGUAGACGGCAUUGGCGCGUGUAUCGUCAGUUACGAAACUGCGUGAACUGUGCCAUUAAGGCUUUCGAGCAACUUCUGAGUAUCUUUCAUUACAAAAAGCAACUUUUGAUUGUUUUUUGAGCAACGUUUUGAAAAAAAUACGAGAAACGUUUUGGAAAAUCUCGAUCAACUUGUGGAAAGCCCUAUGUAUAUCUGCCCAGCCUGAAGUAAGCCCUUACUUUUCUAAGCGUGAUUGUUCAUCGAAUUGCUAUGUAGUAAUGGCGGGCUGAUAUUUAAUGCCUUAGUUAACUUUAGUUUCAUAAACUUGGGAGAUAAGAGGGUGAACACACAAAAGCACUGGUAACUUGGUACUAAAUAUAUAGGCAUCGUACACAUCCGCAAAAAGGCGGGGAAAUUGCCAAGGGUCCUCAGGCUGAAAAGUAUGGAGGGAGGGGUAAGAGCGAGCUCAAACUGAUAAAGGAUCAUAAUAACCUACUAUGCGUAACAGAACAACAGCGUUAACAACAAAGAAAUAAACAAAAAAUUAAGGAAAAUCGUUACUUUUUCACGAUUCUUAAACUAAAAGAGAUCCAUGUAUUCUUCUCUGCCUACAUAUUGGGUUUCCAUGUUAACUAGUUAAAAGGAAAAGUUUGUUCUUGUGUGUUUACUAUGCAUUAUAUUGCGAGCAAUGAUAAAAUUUCUGUAAUAUUAAACUGAAGAAACUGGUAUUAGAAUGACGUAGGCUUUGUUUAGCAGCCUCUGAUGAAUUAAUUACUUCGAACUAACGAGUUUUAGUUAUUAAAUUAAUAAAAGCAUAGUAUAUUGGUUUUAACAGGCUUUCAAUAAAAUAGAUUAAUUAGUUUCCACCUUGAUUGUAUUUAAAGGCUUUUAUUGCUUUUUUGCAACAUGAUCACUUAUCGAAUUGCCACGUCAUGAUGGCUGGUCUCAUAAAGUUGGGACUACAAGGGAUAUUUUAAACAUUCUGAUCAUUUGCAACUUAUUAAACUUUGACACAUAUGUUAGCAUGAUUUGUUAAGUAACAAGGACGCUCUUAAAAGUAGCAAUUCUCGCUUGCUUGGAGAUUAGAUAACAAUAGAUAGCAAAUGAGGAGACGAUUAAUUCUACAAAAAGCAGGAUUUCUUCGCUAAAAGUUUGCCCUUCCCACUUUAUCGACGGUCGAGUAUUAUCUAGAAUAUUUACUUCUUACAUUGAAUUGGACGAUGAUUGAGUACGGUUGUACCAAUACAAAUCCUUGCCAGAAAGUAAAAACGCAAUGAACAUGGCGCGUGAUUUCAAUCAUCGCCGAAAAUAAACCGUAUGCUCAUCACAAGACUCAUUUUCAUACAAUGAAAGUUUUUUAACGCGCGACAGGUUUAUAGCCUCGCCAUAGAAGUUUUCACUGAAGUAUGCACUUGUUCCAAAGUUAUCAACGCUUUCAAGUGAUCCGAUAGAAUUAGUGGACCGCCCCGUUCCGGAAAAGCUCGACAACUCUGCGUCAAUCUUUCCUAAGCUUUCUUCACAAAUAGAACAUGGUGCUGUGACACGCAGCAAUUCUUAUCCCCAGUUUCCACGAUCUCCGUUAGUAACACCUAGGACAAUGAUUCCCCUUUUGACGCGCAAACCAGUGGGACUAACUACCUACUGUGCCGGUCUAUGUUUUAAAAGCUCAGUAGAUUUUUUAUGGGGAACAAGUUCCUUCUCUCAGCUCAGAAGACUCGUUGUAAGUCGUAGUUACUCAAAACAUGUGCAUAUGUUUCGCUUGAGUCCAGCUAACAUGUAGGAUUGGUCUCAGGCAUAAUAGUCCACAUUUCCUCUAAACCAUUGCUAAACUCUUUUCUGUUUGACUUUGUGUUUACGAUUCAUCGCAAACCAGCUGCCAUUUCUACUUUGAUAUCGCGUCAAUAGUUUUGAAUAACUUACUUCCAUUUGACUGACCAACUUUUUCCAACCGGUAAAACUAGCCAACAAAACGAAAAAACCUGCAUUAGCCACUAUAGCCAAAUGUUCAUGCUAAUGACAGUUUGAUUAAUGGUACAUCAUGAUGUUAAACGUAUGUACAUGUACAGUAUACAGGAAAUAAAAUAAACCCCAAAAUUAAAAAGUAUAAUCAUGAUAAUGUUUUUCUUUUUAAAUUCAAUUAAAGAAUAAUACAAGAAUAUUUUCAGCCUGAAAUCGGCAGGAAAAAUAGGAAUAUUUAGUCUGGGCCGGGAAAACAACAUUCUUGUAAAAAAGAAAGGAAAAAGAAACUGAGAACGAAUUACAUCUUAUUAGCUGCCCUAAAGUUAAUAAAGGAUAGCGUAUUGUUCAUUUUGAAUACAUUUUUAUAGUUUCCAAGUUGAUUGUUGUUGUAUUCGAUUGCAGUUUGAUGCAUAAUAUUGCUUUUUUCAACAUGGUUGCUCAACAGAUUGCUAUGUCAUGCAUAAACAGGUAUUCUGAUCAUUUGCAAUUGAUUAAACUUUGCCACGUAUUGAGGAACUAGGGUGCUGUGUCUUAAACCACCUCACACUCUUUAGGUAGCGUGUGACCAUGUAGUUUAUCAAAAAUAUGUACAGGUCCGUUGCCGGAUUGGUUUGCGACGUAGCAGUCCGUUUUUCCCUUAAGUCAUCGCUCAACUGUAUAUUUUUAAUUCAUUGAAAACCUACCGCCAAUGCUAAUUUAAUAUUGCGUCAGUAGUUUCAUACAACUUUCCUCCUUUUUGACUGACGAACUUCAACACUUACAAAGUUCGACCUAUCGCGUUUGGCUUAAAAGGAAAAUAUAUUCAAAUUACUGAGUGAUGAUGACGUCACAUUUAAAUUUUAAAUUCGGUGUUCAGACAAGCACAGUUUUAAUUUCAAUUAAGGUCAGUUUGUAUAUUAUAAGUACGAGUUAGGGACGUUUUUGCUAUUGUCGCGGAAGACUCAACAGUACUCAGUUAAAAACCAAUUGCCAUCGGAGGAGGAAGAGAAUCUCAGGAAAAUAUUCGGUAAGUCUCGUAAAGAAUUAUUUCCAGCAUCAGUCUCUUCUUGCAGAGUUCCUCAAACGUUCUACACAGCUGCUAAAACUUAAGACUGUAUAAAACGUUUCAUUUAAUGGCGGAAGCUGUAGGUUAGUCUCAUUCGAAAACGGAUGAUUCCUCCAAAGCAAUGAAGUUCCUUUGCAUUGUUAUACUAGAAACUGAACACUGAUAAGGGUCUUUUGCAAAAGAUGGCAAGUGCUAAAGGCGUACAUUUUACACUUAAUGUUAAUUGCGUCUUCAACGCUUUCUUGUGUUUAACCACCAUCGCGUUAAACAUCAUAACAAUACAAGCGCUCACAAAAACGUCUUCGUAGCGUGAGACCUCAAAAACAUUGCUUCUAAGCCUGGCUGAUCUGGUUGUGGGCGUAUUAGUCGAACCACUGUACGUUGCAAUUAUUGCGAUGAACAUAGAAGAGAACUCUAACAACACUGCUUAUUAUUCAGUAUACAAAGCGUAUUUAAUCCAGAAAAAAGUAUUGGUCUUAACUUCGCAUCUUGGCGUUUUUGCAUUAACUUUUGAGUUUAACUGUGUAUUUACGAUUCACUGCAAACCAGCUGCCGUUUCUACUUUAAUAUCGCAUCAGUAGUUUCAAAUAACUUUCUACCAUUUGACUGACAAACUUGAACUCUUACAAAGCUCGACCUGUCGCGUUUCGGUUAAAUGGAAAAUGAACUCAAAUUUCUGUGGCAAAACUAGUCAAUAAAAAAAUAUCAUGAAAAAUUUUUUCUUUUUUAAAUAUAAUUAUUUAGGAAUAAUACAAGAAUAUUUUCAGCCUAAAAUAGGUAGAAAAAAAUACAAUAUUCAGCCUGGGCCAGGAAAACAACAUUCUUAUAAAAAAGGGAGAGGGUGUAUCAAACUGAAAAAACUGGAGCUAAUAAGACUUACCUCUUAUUAGCUGCCUUAAAGUUAAUAAAGGAUAGUGUAUUUUUUUGAAUACAUUUUCAUAGUUUCCAAGUUGAUUGAAGUUUAAGGCACAUUAAUUUUGCUGUUUGCAACUCGAGUACUGAUCGAACUGGCCGUCAUGAUACUUAAAUAUUCCGAUCAUUUGGGAUUAAACUUUUACACAUAUUAGGGACCGGAUGAUCUAUUAAGUAACUAGGCUACUGUGUCUUUGUUUUAAGCGCGCCAUAAGUUUUUGUUAUGGUUAAGAGUUUUUUUCUCUUCAUCUCUUCACACUCUUUGGGUCGCCGGUGACCAUGUAGUUUAUUAAUGAAAAAAUGUGUGCAUGAGUCCAGGAAAUACAUUGGAUUGGUUUGCGACUUAAAAGCCUGUUUUCUCCUCAGGUAUCGCUAACUCCGUUCUGUCAGUAACUGUGUAUUUUUGCGAUUCUUAGCAAACCAACUGCCGUUGUCAUUUUAAUAAUGUGUCAGUAGUUUCAAACAACUUUCUUCCAUUUGACUGACGAUAAAAGCUCGACCUAUCGCAUUUCAGUUAAAAUGAAAAUAUAUUCAAAUUGCUGUAUGAUGAUGAGGAAGUCACAUUUAAAUGUGAAAUUCCGGGCUCAGACAUGCACAGUUUUAAUUUCAAGUAUUCGGGUGAGAGUUUGGAUCUUAUGAACACGGCUUUUUUCGAUUGUGGCGGAAGACAACAGUAAUCAGUUCAAACCAAUUACCAACAGAGGAGGAAGAGAAUUGCCGGCAGGAGAAUAUUAGAUAAGUCUCGCAAAGAAUUAUUUCUUUGUGUCAUAAGUACAGGAUUGCUUUACUGCAAAGUAUACGCAGCCGUAAGACACCACACAGGUACAAGUGGCACAGAGUGGAGAUAUGGCAAACGCUGUAAGGGUCAAAAAAUCUACACUUGCUACAUUUUACGUGUAUGUGGUGUUUUUAGUUUGUCAAUUGCUAAUAUCUUGUGUUGUUUUUGCCAAGACAAAUGGUGAAACUACCUUGUUAUCUCAUUUAUGGUAUUUCACAUUGACUCUUGUGUAUCUCAAUUCAUCCAUCAAUCCUUGAUCUACUGUUCGAACAUGGGACACAUCUGACAAACUGUUAUGAAUCAUAUAUGAUUGGUUCGUAAUAAGAAAGAACUAAUUCAGAAUAUUUUUCUCUGGUGAAAAAAACCUUUUCAUCAAUACUGUUGGAAAAAUGACCCUUAUUAGUUAUGACCAGGAUAUAAUAUAAUCGAGUAUAAGCUCAGGGAGUUUAAGCAGCGACGUUUUCGAGCGAUGCACGUCAACCGGAAUUCAGAAUUUGAUUUGGACAAAAAGGUCUGUAUACAAUAAAAUGUCUUAAAAAGUUUAAUAGAUUGUUUUUAACAAUAGUCCUCUGAUACAAUUAAAUCAACAAAUUCUCGAUAUACUGAAUGUAACAAGAGUGGCGAAAAGACCUACCGUUAUAAUAGAAGUGAGAGCCUCAAAUGCAUUGUUAGUUAACGCUGUUCACGUGAAAAUGAAACUUGGAGACAAUACCCCUGAAUAAUGAGAGCCCCUUACUGUUAACACGAAAUUUCGACAAAAAAUUAGCGAGUUGUAUCCCUUAUUUUCACUGCCUUACAAGUUAUAAAACGACGGUUAAUCUCGAAAGUCUUAAAUGUUUGUAAAAAAUCUAUCCAGCUGUUACAAAUAUAUUCGCUUAUUUGUUUAAGUAGACGAGUGGACCAAAAUGUUUACGAAAUCGCUGAUAAGAGCGCCUCAAUACUAACUCUACCAAAUCCUUCACCCUUUCAAGCAAUCGGCUAAAGCUAUCCCAAUGAUCACACACGUUUAAAAAAUGAUUGAAACUGCCAUGAGGUGAAAUCGCAUUUGAAAAGUGCUCCGUUUUCUGCAGAUAACGGCCGAAUAUCGAGCGGAUUGUCCAGUUAUUAUCGUAUUUCUAACCAUAAAAUCUCCAUUCCAAAAUAUCUCGCUAACACUCUCACAGAUUUUACUUAAACUUAACGGACAUCGAUCGUAGCAGUCGUUGGAGAAAAAUUGGAGGAAAAAGCCCCCGUAAACGAUUUUGGAAGAAACAUUUCCAGUGCCGAGAAAUACAGCUGCAAGUAAAGUAGCUAAUGGCGUCAUUUUGUUGCUAUGACAACUCCGAUGUCAUUGCAAUCCUGAUCAUAACAAAUUUUCAACUUUCAACACUUACAAAGCUCGGCCAUUCGCGUUUCGUUUAAAAUGAAAAUAAAUCCAGAUUUGUUGUCAUAUUCAAAUUCUUUUUAUUUCAAAUAAGCGGAUAUCUCGGAUGUUAUGAGUAUGGGAUACUGGGAACUUCUUGCGAUUGUAAACUUUAUUGACUCAAUAAAUUUCAGUCUCAUCCAUAAAAAAAAAAAACACUCGCAGAGCUCUUCAAAAGUUAUACAGCUACAGACUGUAGCGUACCUGUACACGUAGGGAGGCAACAUGCGUUGGCUGGUACCGUCGGAGUCGCGCCAUUCCGCUCACCAAAAAUAUUUGUUAAUGACUGUGUGUCAGGAAUGGUGUAUUUAACUAAAAAAGGACAAAAAUCAUUGUAGUUAAUUUAUUUUGCGACUUUUGAGCAACGGAGGAGACGAUAUUUUAACAAACACAGCUCUUAAAGGUCACUUAAAUCAAGUCAACUUUAUUCAGUCGGGCAGCCCUUUCAGCCAUUGGCCGGUAUCAAAAAGGGGCCCCCCGUACAGUCGUCGUGGAGGACUAUAUCGGGUUUUUAUUGUCGGCGGGUCUAAGCUUGUUGCCAUAGAUUUUUGCAAAAAAAUACUACAUAAUUAAUAAAUAAAUAAAUAAAUAACAAAAAACCUUGCCCAAAAUAAAAAAAUAAAAGAAUCUAUGCCUCUGCGAUUCCUAAAAACACCUGUCUGGGCUCAAUAAAUUUUGAUUGGACUUGAUGUCAAUAUAUUUUCAUAAUGAUGCCUUUAAUAAGUUUCUUUGUCCCAAUUAGUUUGCAACAGUUCUUGUCAGCCAUUUUUUAGCGAGAAUAGGUUCUUUCUAUUCUUUAUAUCAUUAUCACCUUUUUACUGGCAUUUAUCAUAUCCUCAAAAACACCAAUUGCGUCAGUAUGCCUUACCUUAAGCUUAUUAAUUGUUAAGCUCGAUCUAUCAUUCUUAUCAAAAGAAAAUUUUAUUCGAAUUUGAAUGUGUUAUUAUGUGGCUACAUUAACUUGUUUGAAAUUUUUUGUUAAGGGAAUUCUUGGUAUUCAAACGUCUUGAUAUUUAACACUGUCUGGUUAGUGGACAAUUUCAAGAUUACCAAAGUACGGAAGAGGACAAGCUAGGUCGCUUAGCUUUUAAGGAAGAAUGUGAACCACAUUCUGAACUAUUGGAGACCAAUCAGGUAACUUACCAAAGGCAAGAGCGUCUGCCUGUCAAAAGACGUCAACAGUUCUUUAAAGGAACAGUCUAUACAAUAGCAGAAGAAGCUAAAGACGCGUUUUGAACAUCCCAGAGAAUGGCAGGAAUUAAUAGCCUUUAUUCAACCCUCGUCGCUAACUGCUUCUUCAACGCUUUCUUGCUUUUCACAGCCAUGGUUUUGAACAUCAUAACAGUGCAAGCCCUAAGAAAAAUAUCAUCGUUUCCAAAGCCUUUAAAAACAUUGCUCCUGAGUUCGCUGUUUCUGAUCUUGGUGUUGGUUUGAUUGUCCAUCCUCUGUAUAUUGCACGUCUUAUAAUGAACAUAGAACAGAGCGCUAACAAAAGACUCCUUUAUACGGUAUAUAGCCUUUUUGGCUAUUUACUGGGUGUUGCUUCACUCUUGGGCAUCACUGCUUUAACUGUCGACAGAUUCUUAGCCAUUCAUCUUCAUCUCAGAUACCAGGAACUUGUGACUCACAAGCGUGUUGUCGCUGUAGUGAUUUCAGUCUGGGUGUGGUGUUCAUGUAUUUCCUUAUUUGCGUUAAACAGGGUUUUACAAAACGUUCUGUACAUUAUAAAUGCAACUAUUGGGGCAGUUUGUCUCACUACAACGGGAUUAAUUUACUGCAAGAUAUACUCAAUCGUACGUCACCACACAAAUCAGAUUCAAGCCCUGCAAUUGCAACCCGUAGGACAGAAUCAGAAUAAAGAAUUGGCAAAUGCUGCAAGACUGAAAAAAACUGCACUUGCUACAUUUUACGUGUAUGUGGUGUUGGUGGUUUGUUUUUUGCCCUUCAUAUGCGUUAAAGCAACCUAUCUAAUUUAUGGUGAGUCCGAGUUGUUGUUGCAUCUGUUUUAUUAUUCCAUGACACUUGUGUAUCUUAAUUCCUCUCUCAAUCCCUUGAUCUACUGUUGGAAGAUCAGACACAUUCGACAAACUGUUAUGGACAUACUUCGAAAUGUCAUUGCAAUUGGUCCGCACUAA